AUAGUGAGGCUCGCUCUUCGCACACGAUCGCCGCCUUCACGGCCCUGCCGCGGACUGAGAUUAGCGGUAUGGUAUCCUACCAUUUCACCACAAAAGCUCAGUAUGAACGAAAAUUCAAUCCUCCCCCGAGACUUCUAUACAGUGGGAUACAAACCCAUGAUCUGGUUCCAUUUCGGAGGGGCCGGGAGAAAGAACGUCCGGCACCUCACCGGCAUUUCCGCGGCAUUAUGUGCUGGUAUACUUCGCAUCCACCUUUCCUUCAACAUAGAAGUGCCAUGGGAGUAUCGAUCCUUUGGCCGCUUGAAGAUUGAGGAAGAAUAUGAGGACCGCGCAGAAUCCUCUAUCGAUGGGCCUGGCGGCGAACAUAUCGAGACCAUCAAGACGCGACAUUAUUAUCCCAGCGCCGAGGAACUUAUGCCGGGGGCUGCAUGUGUUCAAGAAGGAUAUAUGGUUCGGUGCAAAUAUUACACCAAUCGCGGGCGCUCGUGCCGCCUCUUCAGGAUGGGCACUGGCACAAAGGGCCCAGUGCGGCGCAGUGCCCACACAGAAGUCACAGCCACUCCAGGCACUGUCAUCGCUGGCUUGUAUGGCAACCAGGUGCGAAAGAUAAAAAAAAAGAAAAGAAAAGAAAAAGGCAUCACACUAUGGCAAGUUCCUGUCGCUAACGUUCAUCUGGUAUAG